CCCUUGCCAGGCUCCGUUCCCUCCUCUGGACACGCUCCAGCCCCUCCAUGUCCAUCUUGCAGUGCCAGGGCCAGAACUGGACACAGCACUUGGGCUGAGGCCUCCCCAGUGCCCACGACAGGGGGACAGUCACUGCCCUGCUCCUGCUGGCCGCACCAUUGCUGCCCUGGCCAGCAGCCUUUGGCCUUCUCGCCCACCUGGCCAUGCACUGUGGAGCAGCAGGGCCGGGCCCUUUCCUGCUGGGCUCUUCCCAGCCACUCUUUCCCAGCCUGGAGCUGCUGGGGGUUGUGACCCAGGGGCAGGACCCGGCACUUCAGGUCUUGUUGAACCUCAAGGACAUGAACCGGGGCUGGCUCUGACAGCGGGCCCUGGGGCACAGCACCAGUGACCCGCUGCCAGCUGGAUUAAUUCCACCACCAUUCUCUGGGCCCAGCCAUCCAGGCAGUUUAUUCCCAGCAAACAGGGAAGCUGUUAAAUCCGUGGGCUGCAAGGACAAUGCUCUCCAGGAGAGCGCUGUGGGAGCAGCGAGCAAAGGCUUUCCUGGAGGCCCAGGUACACAACAUCCACAGCCUUUCCCCAUCCAUUGGAGUUCACAGAAGGAGGUUGGGUCGGUCAAGCAGGACCUGCUGGAACUCGUGCUGGCUGGGCCUGAUGCCCCAGUGGUGCGGCACACAUCGUGUCAUUGCACUCCAGCUAAUCUGUUCCAUACCCUUCCCUGGCACCGAGGCCAGGCUGACAGGCCUCUGGUUCCCCCAGUUGUCCUUCCAAGGCUUCUCAUGGAGGGGUGUGUCACAUUGGCCAACCUCCAGUCACCCCGGAGCUCUCCGGUUCACCAGGAUUGCUGAUAAAUGAUGGCGCGAGGACCUUUGUGAGCUGCUUCAGCAGCUCCCAGCAGAGGGAUGGCAUCUCCCUAGACUUGUGCACGUCUGGGCAGCACCGCAGCUCACUGACAACUUCCUCCUGCAGUGUGGGGACUUUGUUCUGCUCCCUGUUUUUGUCAUCUGGCCAAGGGGCUGGAUAUGCAGAGGGCGACUAGGCUUUUGGUUAAAGGCUGAGGUCCAGAAGGCAUUGAGUACCUCAACCUAUUCCUCAUCCCUGGAGGUCAUGCUCCCACCCCAGCAUGCAAUAAAGGAUGGAGACUCUCCUUGUCCUCUUUUUGUCAUUAAUGCAUUUGGAAAUGCUUUUUCUCCUAACUUUUAUGCUGGUGGCCGGGUUGACUUCUAGCUGGACUUUUACCUUUGUAGUUUUCUCUCUAAUUAACUUCAUGGCAUCCUUGUAGUUUUCCUGAGUUGCCUGACCCUUCUUCCAGCACUGCUAAACUCUCUGUUCUUCCCUGAGUCCCAGUGGAAGCUUGCUGUUCAUGCAGGCCAGCCUUCCCUGAACCAUCUUACGGCCCAUUGCAAUGGGCUUCUGCUCCACCUCUAUGACCUCCUUCCUGAGGAACGUCCACCUUCCUGGCCUCCUUGGCCCCUCAGGACUGCCUCCCAAGGGAUUCUCUCCACCUGUGCUCCAAACUGACCAAAGCCUGUCCUUCAAAACCUAAGCUGUGGUUUUGCUGACCCCCUUCCUCCCUUCACUGAGAACUGAAAUCCAACUGUGUCACGGUCACGGUACCCAAGAUGGCCCCUGGCAACCUCCUCUCCCACCAGUGCUCCUCUGUUUGCAAACAGCAGAUCCCCUGGGACACCAUCCCUGGUGGGCUUUGCCUGCCAGCUGUGUCAGCAAGUUCUCUUCCACAUGCUCCUGGAAGCUCCUGGAGGGUCUCCUGUCUGCUGGGUGGGAUUCCAGCAGACACCUGGUAAGAUGAAGAUGUCACUGAGGAUGUAGGCAGUGGAUGCUGUGGGGUCAUCCAUCUAUCUGUAAUGCAAAUCCAUCACUCAGCACUGGUGAGGGACGCCUGGAGGCUGGUUCUGGAAUCCCAGGAUGAGGGAGGCGUGUCCAUACUGGAGCAAGUCCGGCAAAGGGCCGCUAAGGUGAGAAGGGGACUGGAGCACACGGUGCAUGACGAGAGGCUGGGAGGGCUCUGCUGACUUUUCUUGCACUAGAGCAGGCUGGGCUGUCUGGUCAGGCUGUGAAACAUGUGGCUGAAGGUGGGUGGGUGAAGGACACAAGUGAGACUCUGCUGUGCUCAAUGCAGAGAUGGCAGGAGACACACUGGGCACACAUUGAAGUGUGGGAAGUUAGAAUGAAAGGAAGGGUGGUGAAACACUGGAUCAGGUAGCCCAGAGUGGUUGUGGAGUCCCUUUGCUGGGAGAAGGGCUGUCAUGAGUCCAUCCAUGGUGCUGCUGUGCAUGGAAGGAUUUGGGGAGACGAGAGAUGUCUGGGGCACUACAGAACAACAUUAGUUACACACAGCUGAGGAGGAACUGCAGUAAUCCCUGAACUGAGUGGCUGUACUGAUAAAGGAGGGAUUUUAUGAAUGUGCCAGCAUGUCUCAUGCUAGGGAAGGUCAGCCACCCCUGAUCACGGGGGCAAGGGGGAGCUGUCAUAGAAAGAGAGACACCUGAAUGUGGCAAAGUCCUUCAGUGAGGUCCCUGGAGUAAAGCAUUUGGUUAAAAGUGUGUGUUUCCAAGGGGGCAUUCUGUACUUAGGGCUUGGGGUGGGAGCAGGCAGCUCUAUGGAAGGCUCAGCUCAGCUAUCACAGCAGCCCCAGAAGCAGUGUGAGCAGUUGGACAUUUUAGCGAAGAAAGAGAAAACAAAACCAAAAUUUUUCCUGCCACAGACUAAAGUUGAAAGCUUAGUGACAGUGACAUUUGAAUUUCAUCGUUUUUUUCCAUGACUACUUUAUAUUUGGACGGGUUCUUUGCUGCACUAGGUACAGCCUUCUUAUGAGCUGCUCAUUGGAUAAAUGUCUGAUGUCACAUCCUUUAUCCAUUGUGUUUUUCCACGUAGUCAGACGUUUUCCCUUGUAAUUUCUUUUGAGAAAGAGGAAGUGCCCGAACAUAGAAUUGUAGGCGCACUCAGAGACACCUACCUCUUAAAGCUCUUCUCCAGCUGAUCUGUGAAUUCUGUGGUGUCUUGAAAGCUUGGAGAGAUCAUGAUGGCUGUCUCAGGAGAGCAUACUCUGGCUGGAGAAAGAAUGCCCAGCUGCCUCCAAAAGCUGACCAGGGUGGUGCUCAGCCACAAGCCCUGGGCCCUGUUUAUCCUCAUUGCUGGCUUUGUAUCCUUUGCCUACACCAAGUUGUACUGGGGCGUCUGGGAGGACCCAAAGAGCAGAGCCCCCACCUACGGCUUGUCUGCUGAGAUCAGCUGUGCUCACUAUGUGCCUUCUGCCCUCGACAUUGCUGCUGGGUCCUCUCCUCCCACAGGAAACGUGUUUUUUGUGGAGACCUCAGAGCAAACUUCCCCAAGUUACCUGUUCUCGUGCUCUGUGGAGUCAGCGGCCAGGACACACCCCAUGUCAAGAGUUGUGGUGCUCAUGAAAGGCUUGGCCAAAGGGAACACCUCCUUACCCGAGCACUGGGCUUUCUCCUUGCUGAGCUGCUUCCCCAACGUGGAAAUCCGGCCCCUGGACUUGACAGAGCUCUUUUCUGGAACACCUCUGGCACUGUGGUUCUCACAGCCUCAGCGGCAACAGGAGCCUCAUUUUUUACCUGUUCUCUCUGAUGCCUGCAGAAUCGUCCUCAUGUGGAAAUUUGGUGGCAUCUACCUGGAUACAGACUUCAUUGUGCUGAAGAACUUAGAGAACCUCACCAAUGCCCUUGGGAUUCAGGGUGACAAUGUGUUGAAUGGGGCCUUUCUGUCCUUUAAGGCCAAGCACAAAUUCGUGGAGCUUUGUAUGCAGGACUUUGUGCAGAAUUACAAUGGCUGGGUCUGGGGGCACCAGGGCCCAGGGCUCCUAACUCGCGUCUUCAAGAAGUGGUGCUCCCUCAGGACUCUCAAGAGUAUGAACUGCAAAGGUGUGAGUGCUCUUGCCCAAGAAGUUGUUUAUCCUAUUCCCUGGCAGGACUGGAAGAAGUUGUUUGAGGCAGUCAGUGCCUUAGAGCUUGAGAAACUCCUUAAGAACACCUAUGCAGUGCACAUUUGGAACAAACUGAGCCACGGGACCAAGUUAGAGAUCCCCUCCCAGGCUCUGCUGGCUCAGCUCUAUGCCCAGUUCUGCCCUGCCACCUAUGCAAAGAUGAAGCAGGACUCUGAAGAGGUGUCCAGGCGUGCAGUGUGACCUGGAGCCCUUGGCUGCAGGGAUGUUCCCCAGGCGGAAGGAAACCGAGUGCCUUUGACCUACCCCAGAGUUGGUUUUUAGUCCCCAGAGCCAGUGUUCUGUGUGACAGCUCUGUGGUUUUGAAACUGAUAUUCCUGAUAUCUGACUCAGAUCCUUUGUGUUUCAAAUUUACAUCAGAACCUGACUUCAGCCUCUCUUGCUGUCCUUCACAGGACCUGCUGCUCAGCAUCCCUCGGCUGGUGCUCUCUUGCUGUUCUCCAGUGGUUCGUCCUGUGAAUCCCAGCCUGAGCAGCCCCUUGUGAUGAUUCCACAGCUGUAGGAACCCUUGGCUUGCUCUCUGUGGCAUUUCUGAGUUUGUGGAGCGAUACCAGGCAAUGCCAAAGGGCACAGAUUGCUGGGGCUCAGAGCAGAAUUCCAUGGCUGGCAAAGAUUCUUAACACGUGGGGAAAUACAUGAAGCGUAUAUGAAAUUUGCUUUAAGAAGCAGCAAAACAGUUGAGAUCCCUGCGCAGCUCAGUGUGAAGUUGUUCUAAACUUCUUAAGUGAGAAAAGUUCAAAUGCUGCUUCCUACUGCUUCUGAUUCCCCAGCAGUGGGAUGACUUGUCUGGGACUCCUCCGGAAAACAAAUAGACAAAAGCAGUUACUUAAAGAGCAAAAAUUAUUAAGGUCCUUGCUCUGCUGAAGUAUUUCUUGUGGAUACCAACAUCUAAGCAGCCAUUGUCCCACUCUGAAGGGGCUCAGCAUUGCCUGUUUCUGCAGUGCUGUGAGGAGGAUUACAUCCCUUUCAUUGGGACAUUGAGCCCAUGGUGGAAGUCCAGAGGACAACAUGUCCACAUCAACAGGAGGACCGGGUGCAGGACUCCAAGCAGUGUCCCCAGGGACAAAACUAAAAACUCACAAGCAUAUGAAGGUUGGAAAAGACCUCCAAGACCAGCGAGUCCAAGCUUCAAUUCUGUAUCACCAUACUCACUGGCCUUUAUCCCAGAGUGCCAUGUGUACUCAUUGUUUGGAGCACUUCCAGGAAUGCUGACUCCAUCGCUUCAGUUGGGAGCCUGUGGCACACAGUGCUUAAGCACGCUGAAACUAUUCCUCAUAUCUGAGCUGAACCUACCGUGGUGCUGGGAAUGCUGCAUCCAGCCCUGGGAUCCCAGCACAGCAAGGACAGGGAGCUGCUGGAGCCAGGCCAGAGCAGGGACACCAAGAGGAUCAGAGGGAUGGAGCAGCUCUGCUGGGAGGAAAGGCUGAGGGAACUGGGAGUGUUCUGCCUGGAGAGGAGAAGGCUUUGGGGUGAUAUAAUCAUGGCCUUCCAGUGCCUUAAGGGAGCUUAAAGGAAAGGUGCAGAGAGACUCUUUGCAAGGGCCUGCAGUGACAGGACAAGAGGGAAUGGCUUCCCACUGACAGAGAGCAGGUUUGGAUUGGAUAUGAAGAAGCAAUUCUUCCCUGUGAAGGUGGUGAGGCCCUGGCACAGGUUGCCCAGAGAAGCUUCCUAUCCCUGGAAGUGUCCAAGGCCAGGGUGGAUGGGUCUCGGAGCUGCCUGGGAUAGUGGAAGGUGUCCCUGUCUAUGGUAGGAGGGGUGGCACAAGAUGAUCUUUAGCGUCCCUUCCAACCCAGACCAUUCCAUUGAUUUCCCCUCAUCCGGUCCUUGGUUCCCUGGGAGCAGAGCCUGACCCCCACCUGGCUGCACCCUCCUGUCAGGGAGGUGUGGAGAGCAAUAAGGUCCCCCCUGAGCCUCCUUUUCCUCCAGGUUCAACAGCCCCAGCUCCCUCAGCCGCUCCUCAUCAGCCUUGUGCUCCAGCCCCUUGCCCAGCUCCGUUCCCUCCUCUGGACACGCUCCAGCCCCUCCAUGUCCAUCUUGCAGUGCCAGGCCCAGAACUGGACACAGCACUUGGGCUGAGGCCUCCCCAGUGCCCACGACAGGGGGGACGGUCACUGCCCUGCUCCUGCUGCCGCACCAUUGCUGCCCUGGCCAGCAGCCUUUGGCCUUCUCGCCCACCUGGCCAUGCACUGUGGAGCAGCAGGGCCGGGCCCUUUCCUGCUGGGCUCUUCCCAGCCACUCUUUCCCAGCCUGGAGCUGCUGGGGGUUGUGACCCAGGGGCAGGACCCGGCACUUCAGGUCUUGUUGAGCCUCAAGGACAUGAACCGGGGCUGGCUCUGACAGCGGGCCCUGGGGCACAGCACCAGUGACCUGCUGCCAGCUGGAUUAAUUCCACCACCAUUCUCUGGGCCCAGCCAUCCAGGCAGUUUAUUCCCAGCAAACAGGGAAGCUGUUAAAUCCGUGGGCUGCAAGGACAAUGCUCUCCAGGAGAGCGCUGUGGGAGCAGCGAGCAAAGGCUUUCCUGGAGGCCCAGGUACACAACAUCCACAGCCUUUCCCCAUCCAUUGGAGUUCACAGAAGGAGGUUGGGUCGGUCAGGCAGGACCUGCUGGAACUCGUGCUGGCUGGGCCUGAUGCCCCAGUGGUGCAGCACACAUCGUGUCAUUGCACUCCAGCUAAUCUGUUCCACACCCUUCCCUGGCACUGAGGCCAGGCUGACAGGCCUCUGGUUCCCCCAGUUGUCCUUCCAAGGCUUCUCAUGGAGGGGUGUGUCACAUUGGCCAACCUCCAGUCACCCCGGAGCUCUCCGGUUCACCAGGAGUGCUGAUAAAUGAUGGCGAGAGGACCUUUGUGAGCUGCUUCAGCAGCUCCCAGCAGAGGGAUGGCAUCUCCCUAGACUUGUGCACGUCUGGGCAGCACCGCAGCUCACUGACAACUUCCUCCUGCAGUGUGGGGACUUUGUUCUGCUCCCUGUUUUUGUCAUCUGGCCAAGGGGCUGGAUAUGCAGAGGGCGACUAGGCUUUUGGUUAAAGGCUGAGGUCCAGCAGGCAUUGAGUACCUCAACCUAUUCCUCAUCCCUGGAGGUCAUGUUCCCACCCCAGCAUGCAAUAAAGGAUGGAGACUCUC